GGCAUGGGAAGAACGAUUCUAGCAGCAUGGAUGCUCUGCUGUGGACUCUAAACAAUGCUAUAACAGCCUCUACCACCAAUCUCAAUCUCAUCCAUGUCUUCCCUGUGCUUCGACUUGUUCCAUCUCCAUUAGGAGGGAUGCUGCCAAAAAGUCAAGCAAACCCAAAAGUGGUGGAGAUCUAUGUAGCUCAACAGAGAGACAAGAGAAGGAAGCUCCUGCAAAAUUACAUUGAUGUAUGCUCAGCCGCUAAGGUCAAGGUAGAAACUCUGCAAAUAGAGAGUGACAUUCCUUCAGAGGCCAUCCUACAACUAAUUCCAUCUCUCAAAAUAAGAAAGCUAGUUCUUGGAUCCACCAAAUCCACUCUAAGGAAAGUGAAGUCUAAACGGGGAACUGCAAGUCACAUUCUUGAAAACGCACCGCAAAACUGUGAGAUUAAGAUCAUAUACAAAGGGGAAGAAAUAGAUGAUCAAUCAUUUGGAUCACCUUCUUCCAUGGACAACAGUAGAAAUUCCUCAUCUACACAAGAGGGAGAUCAAGACCCAGUAAGAAGAUUAUCAGAUAUGGUUGGCCCUGACUCACCUUCUGUUGGUACAACAGUGUCAGAACAUAUUAGGAGUGUUUUUAAAUGGGUAGGAACACCCACUUCAAGUUUUGGGUCUGGCAAGAAAACUCAGACCAAUAUUUCAGGUUUACAUGAAAAUCUUCUUCACUAAUAAAUUAAAUAUUACACAGGCAAUGUAGCACUUUUGGAUUGAGUUAAUGGUAUUUUGUUUCUGAAAAUUGACAUAGUUCCAAGUUCAGGGUAGUUCUUUAACUUAUUUUCGUGUCAUUCUCGUCUCUAUGUCAAAAUCUCACCAUGAAUUUCCGAUUACUGUCGAAUU